AUGGAGGGCGCAGGGCCCCGGGGGGCCGGGCCGGCGCGGCGCCGGGGAGCCGGGGGGCCGCCGCCGCCGCUGCCGCCGCUGCUGCUGCUGCUCUGGCUGCUGCCCGGCCCCGCGGCGCCCCAGGAGCUGAGCCCGCGCGGCCGCAACGUGUGCCGCGCGCCCGGCUCCCAGGAGCUCACUUGCUGCGCCGGCUGGAGGCAGCAGGGGGACGAGUGUGGGAUCGCUGUGUGCGAAGGCAACUCCACGUGCUCGGAGAACGAGGUGUGCGUGCGGCCGGGCGAGUGCCGCUGCCGCCAUGGCUACUUCGGUGCCAACUGCGACACCAAGUGCCCGCGCCAGUUCUGGGGUCCCGACUGCAAGGAGCUGUGUGUCUGCCACCCACACGGGCAGUGCGAGGACGUGACGGGCCAGUGUACAUGUCAUGCGCGGCGCUGGGGCGCACGCUGCGAGCAUGCGUGCCAAUGCCAGCACGGCGCGUGCCACCCGCGGAGCGGCGCGUGUCGCUGCGAGCCUGGCUGGUGGGGCCCACAGUGCGCCAGCGCGUGCUACUGCAGCGCCACGUCGCGCUGCGACCCACAGACGGGCGCGUGCCUCUGCCACGCAGGCUGGUGGGGCCGCAGCUGCAACAACCAGUGUGCCUGCAACACGUCGCCGUGCGAGCAACAGAGCGGCCGCUGCCAGUGCCGCGAGCGCACGUUCGGCGCGCGCUGCGAGCGCUAUUGCCAGUGCUUCCGCGGCCGCUGCCAUCCGGUGGACGGCACGUGCGCGUGCGAGCCCGGUUACCGGGGCAAGUACUGCCGCGAGCCUUGCCCUGCCGGCUUCUACGGCCUGGGCUGCCGCCGCCGAUGCGGCCAGUGCAAGGGCCAGCAGCCAUGCACGGUGGCCGAGGGCCGUUGCCUGACGUGUGAGCCCGGCUGGAACGGCACCAAGUGCGACCAGCCGUGCGCCACCGGCUUCUACGGCGAGGGCUGCGGCCACCGCUGCCCGCCGUGUCGCGACGGGCACGCCUGCAACCACGUCACCGGCAAGUGCACGCGCUGCAACGCGGGCUGGAUCGGUGACCGGUGUGAGACCAAGUGCAGCAAUGGCACCUACGGAGAGGACUGCGCGUUCGUGUGCGCCGACUGCGGCAGCGGCCACUGCGACUUCCAGUCGGGACGUUGCCUGUGCAGCCCGGGCGUCCACGGGCCCCACUGUAACCUGACUUGCCCGCCCGGGCUCCACGGCGUGGACUGCGCCCAGGCCUGCAGCUGCCACGAGGACUCGUGCGACCCGGUCACCGGUGCCUGCCGCCUGGAGACCAACCAGCGAAAGGGCGUGAUGGGCGCGGGCGCGCUGCUCGCCCUGCUCCUCGGCCUGCUGCUCUCGCUGCUCGGCUGCUGCUGCGCCUGCCGCGGCAAGGACCCCGCGCGCGGGGAGCUCUCGCUUGGGAGGAAGAAGGCGCCGCAGCGCCUAUGCGGGCGCUUCAGCCGCAUCAGCAUGAAGCUGCCCCGGAUCCCACUCCGCAGGCAGAAGCUGCCCAAGGUCGUAGUGGCCCAUCACGACCUGGAUAACACGCUCAACUGCAGCUUCCUGGAGCCGCCUUCGGGGCUGGAGCAGCCCUCGCCAUCAUGGUCUUCCCGGGCCUCCUUCUCCUCGUUUGAUACCACGGAUGAAGGCCCCGUAUACUGCGUACCCCACGAGGAGGCGGCAACCGAGAGCCGGGACGCGGAGGGCCCCUCCGCCCCAGCCCCUGCCCCUGCCCCUGCCCCUGCCGAGGCACUGGCUUCGUCCGCUGCACCGGUGACUACGACCGCGGAGGAGGCCACGCCCCUCCGCGCGUCCUCCGACAGCGAGCGGUCGGCGUCGAGCGGGGACGGGCCCGGCGGGGCGCUGUAUGCGCGUGUGGCCCGGCGCGAGGCCCGGCCGGCCCGGGUCCGGGGCGAGGCCCGAGGCCUGUCGCUUUCGCCAUCGCCCGAGCGCAGGAAGCCGCCGCCGCCCGACCCCGCCACCAAGCCCAAGGUGUCCUGGAUCCACGGCAAGCACGGUGCCGCCGUCGCGCGUGCGCCGUCGCCGCCACCCGCGGGCCCCGAGGCCGCUCCCAGCCCCAGCAAGAGGAAACGGACGCCCAGCGACACGUCGGCGCGGCCGGACGAGCCCUGCAGCCCCAGGGCCCGCGACCCGACGCCGCGGCCCCCGGGGCUGGCCGAGGAGGGGCCGGCCCUCGCCGCACCCUCGCCGCCCCGGGCUCGGGCGCGGGGCCGUGGCCCGGGCCUCUCAGAGCCCACGGACGCUGGCGGUCCCCCGCGCAGCGCACCUGAGGCCGCCUCCAUGCUGGCCGCCGAGCUGCGCGACAAGACUCGCAGCCUGGGCCGCGCCGAGGGGGCCGUGGGCACGCAGGGCCCCCGAGAGAAGCCGGCGCCGCCGCAGAAGGCCAAGCGCUCGGUGCCUCCCGCCUCGCCGGCCCGCGCGCCCACCGCGCCCGAGGCCCCAGGGCCCGAGAAGACGGCAGCGGGCGCGCCCGGAUCCGACACCCCCCGAAAGAAGACCCCCAUCCAGAAGCCGCCUCGCAAGAAGAGCCGGGAGGUGGCGGGCGAGCCGGGCCGGGUGAGCGCGCCCACCCUGUAGUAGGUCGGCCCCGCCGUGCCUGCAGCUCCUCGGCUUAGCAGCGCUGCUUGCCACCCCGCGUCCCGUGCGCGCCCGGCGUCUCCCGCGGGGGCCCCAGCCCAGAGCAGUCUGGCGGGAGGCUGCGUCUCACUGGGUCAGGCUCAACGGCCCUCCUGGAUGGGGUCCCGCGCUCGGGCAGGAAGCCCCAUCCCAGUGGCUAAGGCCUGACAGACGCUUUGCUGGCCCCUCCCUUCCCAUGGCCUGCCUGUGGAGGGCUCCCACCAGCCCGGGUCUCAAAGGCCAAGGGUAGGAGGGCUCUGCCUAAAGAACACCUCUCACUGGCCAAGAGUGCCUUGGCUGGGUCACCUUCUCACUGGCUGAGGCCAGAAGCACUUCCACCCUGGCAGCCUCUCUCUGGCCAGGGCCUGGCGCCUCUGGCUGGAGGUUCCCUUCUGUGACCCUAGCCAGAGGCUACUUCCACUGGCCGAGCCCCAGGGCAUCUGGUUGACCGGAGCCUGGGGAGGAGGGCUGGUCUCUGCUCCUCAGGAGGCUUGGCUGUCUCCCCACCCACCCCAGCCCCACCCACGCUCUCCCAGCCCCAGGCUCCCCAGCCCUGGCCCCUCCGCUGUCGAGCUGGUUUUGAUGGCCUCCCACCACCCCACAUGCCUGGGAAUCCGAGGGGCAACUCCAGUGGCCUGUGGAGACGUAUUUAUAGGCCCCCGGCAGGGCUGCUCCCACCCCAUCCGGGUGCCCCAGGAUGGGCUCCUCCCGGCAGGGGCUUGGCCAAAGCUUUCUUAAUAAAGUGCCUUUUUUCUCCCCGUG